AUGUCUUUAGUAAUCCUGCCUGUGUGCAAGAACGGCCAGCAGCGCGCGUACGGCGUGGCGCGCGGCGAGCCGGCGCGGGUGCUGUGCGAGCUGGAGGCCAACCCCAUGGACAUCCACUUCACAUGGAAGUUCAACAACACCAGCGACGCCGUCGACCUGCCCGUAAGCCUCGUGGCGGCGGACCGCUCGCGCUCCAUCGCCACAUACACGCCCAUGACGGAGCUCGACUACGGCACGCUGCUGUGCUGGGGCCGCAACGAGCUCGGGGUGCAGCAUGAGCCCUGCGUCUACACCAUCUCUCCAGCCGUCCGAUCCCACUUCUUCGACGCCUCACCUCCAGUGGAGGACAGGAGGGGGUGGGGGUGGGUGGGUGACGAGCCUGCGAGGAAAGGAACCCUUACAACGAAGAAGAAGAAAAAGACCACGGAUGUUGGAAAAGGAUGGUUGAAGAAGAAGAAUGAACUGCCUGGAGCGUUUGGGAUAACACUUCACCAAAGAAGAAAAAAAACAAGAGUAGCAGAUAAGAACUGA